CUUUUACGUCAGGACGUACGUUUGUAGUUUUUCUGCACACGUAACGCUUCACUCCGUCAGGCAAAAUGGCCGCAUUCAGGUCAUGCUAUACCUCGGUUUGGAUAUCUGCAGUUGUUCUCACAAUAACUACAGAGUACGUCAGUUGUAACACCGGUAAAAGGGCGGCUGAUGGGAUGGACACCGAGGCAGCCGGCUUCUCUGUCCCACUCGAGCACUCUUUCGAGAUCGACGACGUGCCGCGGUUUCGCAUGAGGGGAUCCGUGCAACUGAGAGGGGGCCGGGAGCAUACCGCAUCUCUCUGGCAGAGUCCCCUGACAGAGGAGGACAGGAGCAUUCUGAAGGCGGUAGCUGCAGUGGACGGCCUGUACCGGAUCCGGGUUCCCAGAGUGUCUGUGCAGACUGACAGACAGGCUGAACGGCAGAUGGAUGGAUACCUCACCGCAUUCGUUCCAGCUUGCUCUAUGGUGGAAUCCCACCUCAGUGAUGUCAUCACCCUGCACACUGAUGUCACCGGAUACCUCAUCGGUGUCUCCAUAGUUACGAUCCCUGGCACAUGUCGUGGGGCUGAGGUGGAAGAGGAAGUUGACCUGGAAGCUUUCAACACAACACUGAGUUUCAUGGGCCCCGUCACUGCCCCUGCGCCAGAGACGGCUCUGUAUAUUGAGAGGAUGGAACAUGAAAUGGAGAAGAAGGCCAAGAACCCCCAGGAGCAGAAAUCAUUCUUUGCAAAAUACUGGUAUUUGAUUCUCGGAGGCGCAGUAUUCCUCAUGGCCACAAGUUCCACACAGUCCCCACCAGGGGGAGGCAGAGAGCAGAGCUGAGUCUCAUUACAAUGGAUGUACAUUGUGCCUCUGGUUCUCUUUCUGAUGAUGUCAGGAGCACAGGAUCAGACUGGGGGUGGUGCCACAGGUGGAGCAGCCAAUGGCGGUGGACGAUGAUUGACGCCGUGCUCAGUGUUUUCUGUUUCCAGAUGUACAUAGUGAUGUCAAGAAACACUGAGUUAGAUUUACAAAACAGAAGAAACCACAUGCUCUUUGAAAUCUGUGACUGAUAUGACUGAUAGAUAAUGAAGUAUUUAUUAAAGUCUUCUGUUACUGUGAA